AUGGCUGACGAAGACGAGGAUAUUUCUCGCCUGCGUACUGCCGCAAGUGCCGACGAAGGCGAUCUCAGCGACGAGACACAGGACUUUCGCUUCUUCGACAAGCUCACUGCGUACGACUCCAAAGAUCUCACUCUCCCCAAGCGCGGCGACAAGGACUUCGAGCCGCAUGCCACGUCUCUCCAGCUCUCUAACCUCGAGGCCUCCCGCCAGGCCAUGCACGGCGUCCUAUCAUGGCAGCGCAUUCACACCCCGAAGAAACACCUACUGGGCCUCUAUGACCCAGGGCACAACAUGGCAUCCGUAGAGAGAGCCAAAGGUGAGAAUUUCCAGACAAUAGGUCAGACCAAGGGAAUCACCACUUGGCUGUUGCCGGAGGAAGCCCUCUUCCUGAUCGAGAAGGGCAGCCUAGACUGUCGGUGGCCCGUGACGAAGCCCACUGAGGAUGAGGACUCCACGUCGAAGCCUCAAGAGGGAACCCCCAUGAGCCUGCAGGGCGCUUAUGCUGCUUUCAUUGGAUUCGAAGGUGGCGUAGGAGGAAAGCUGACGCUCGAGAUGUACACAGUGUAUGCUUCUCUGAAAAGAACUGGAUAUGUCGUGUUCCGCACAGGGAGCUGGGAUGACAACCGCCCAGGCUUACAACCUUCCGAGCACACGGCUCUUGAGCAUACUAGCACUAACAGUAGUCCCCAACGGUCAAGCUUCUUCGUUGAGAUAUGGCGAAGGUUGGGAAGACAUGACACAGAAGACCUUUCAAAGCGACUACAAUGUGGCCCCAUGGUCAAAUUGGGGCUGUACAGGAGCUAUACUGACAUCUACCGCCUCCUCGAAAUCAUUCAUACCCAUGAUCACAAAGCUCCACCCAUGUUCACCCUCGAGCCAGACUCAUUAAACCCAUUCCGAGUUACUUUCGACGUGUACAAGCCAGCCGGGAAAUUCAAGAAAACAGCUCGCGGCGAGCCAGACUAUCGUGUUGCUGUCAUAAACGCGCGCGAGACGUCAGUGCCUACAGCUGCCCAAUUAAAUGAUCUCCUUGCAACUACUCCGUAUAAUGCUUUUAAAUCGGAUGGCAACUUAUAUGCGAAGCUGAGGCAUGGCUCUAGGAACGUCAUCCUUGCUAUAGUCGACAAUGGCAUUCCAAGCUAUAUCAGGAUUGCAGACGUUGCUUUCUCGGAAGAAAAGUUGUAUGAGCGGGUAGGUAGAGCACCACGAGGAAAAGGGCGAUCCCGAGGGCGUGGAAGAGGCCGAGGUCGUGGCCGAUGA